CGCCUGCCGUUUGAAUUGUUUGCGGAACAACGUAGUAGUGGGUAGAUGUUAUUGUAAUGGUUAGUGUUUAUAUAAGUGUAGUUAAUUGAUAAUCCAAGCCAUUAUAGAAGAAUGUAGCUAAUUCUUACAUCUGCACCGAAAAGUAGUUAUUGAAGGCAGCGUAGCGUAAUCGAAAGACGUCGACAAAUGAAGUGAAGAAUUAAAAGUUGGAACGUGAAAGAAGGUUUUUGUAUGCGGCAGACGGGGUGGAUAGCUAGCUAGCGAUCAUUAGCUGGCAAGCUAGGAUGUUGACUGGUCAAGAAAAGUUUAUCGAAUCUAAUAAAGUUGUACGAAAGGUCUGAGAAAGUAAGGGGAUAGCUCCGUCAAUAUAUUCAGAACGCUACUUAAUUGCUUGCGAAGUUUUGGCAAGCUCAAAUUCUUAAAGGAAAAUGAAGAUUUCUGAUAGAAAUGUGAUGCGCUUGGCCGUCGUGCAGCACAUCCGCGCAACGUACGGAAUAAAGAUAAAAAACUGGAACAAAAGCAAAGCGAGUAACAAGUUGACAGCCAGCCACUCGGGCAAAGUGUUUGGGGUGCCUCUUGAUACUUUGCAGCAGUGCAGUGUAGCUGAAAAUGGGAACAUACCCUGCUUUCUGGUAGAUACUUGUACGAGCCUAAUGGAGCAUGUCCACACAGAGGGCUUGUUUCGGAAAUCUGGCUCUGUUGUUCGUCUGAAAAGCCUCAAAGCAAAGUUGGACCAGGGUGAGGAGUGCAUCCCCACAGCGCUCCCCUGUGACGUCGCUGGCCUCCUGAAGCAGUUCUUCCGUGAGCUUCCUGAUCCCGUGCUCCCGCCCGAGCUGCACGAGGCUCUGCUGAAAGCUCAGCAGCUUCCCACCGCAGAGGAAAGGACCUCGGCCACCCUGCUGCUGUCCUGCAUGCUGCCUGAUAAGAACCUGCACACCCUGAGCUAUUUCUUCACUUUUCUCCAGAACGUUUCACAGAGAUGUGCCUAUAACAAGAUGGACAGCAGUAACCUGUCAGUGAUUUUUGCCCCAAACCUCCUCCAUUCCGGUGACGGGACUGAGAAGAUGAACAGCAGCACCGAGAAACGCCUCAAGCUACAGGCUGCCGUGGUGCACUGCUUCAUUGAGAAUGCUCAGGCCUUUGGUGUGGUUCCUCAGUUCAUCGCUGAGAAGGUCCCUGCCAUGCUGGGCUGUGAGUCCGGACUGGUCUCCCCUUUCCCCGAUGCCACCGAGGACGGAGAGCAGGACUCUGGGGUGAAGAAGAGGAGGAGGCGCAGUGUCGGAGAUAUGGUAAAUGGAGCUCUGAAUAAGUUAAAAAGUAGUAGAACGCCCACAAAUACACCCCAAACUGACACGUCAGGUUUUUCAUCUGCUACUCCUGUGAUUAUGACGCCAAACACCAAACGGAAGCUUGGACCAGAAUCUUCCCAUAGUAUGGGGUUCUCGAACAAGAAGCGGAGAUCCAUUAAGAAGAACCUCGGUCUGGAAUUGCUACCAAAUGUUUUGUUUGGUAGCAACUCCACUCCUAGCUCAGUACUCCAUGAAUCCAGCCCAUCUGUGUCCUUGGAUUCCCAUAAUGCAUUGUCUUCCAUGGGAAUGACUGGUAGGCACACUGCCAGCUCUGCCAGGAGAAAGAGCAGAAGAAUCAGCGGUAAACAUAUCAACAGGAUUGAGUCGGGAAAGGCUGGUUGCUUUUCGCCCAAAGUCAGCAAGAAAGAAGCAGCCCGCAAGUCCCUGCGGCUGCGCUUCAGUCUAGGAAAGAGCACCAGAGACCCUAGCGUCAUUUCAAAUUCACUUCCGGCGCCAAAAGGAUCAGAGACCAUUGGCUGGCGACUUGCUACUCAAGAAAGCGCCACCAGUUUUCGGUUCACCACAGAGACCGCAUUUAUUCCAGCAGUUUUACCAGUCAAGAGCUCCUCAAAAAGUUCCAAGUUCAUCAGUAAGUCUGAGGACAACUUACUCACCCCUCAGUGCGACCCCACUGAACACAGGACGUCCUGGAUUGGAGCCAGCCCGGUUGGACCUCAGAACUUCGACGCAGUCUCCUACUCGGACACGCCCAUGGGAACGUGCCUGAAUAACAACUACUUCUCGGAGCCUGUCCUGGUCCCGGGCAAGCCCCUGGUCAUCGCCAGCAUGCCGAAACGCUUCUGCUGCGUCUACAGUGCCGAGAGUCUGGAGGGCGAUGGCUCCUUCACUGAGAGUGACCGUGUGACCGGGCCCACCCUCCUCAAGAUCAAGAGGGCCUUCACAGAGUCUGGCAGUGACCUGCGCUCGAUCAUUGAGGACCACGGCGCCCCUUCUGGAGAGGUGGGGCAAUUGAAGCCCGGCAGCACGACCUGCGGUUCAGUGCAACCGGAGUCGUCUGCAGGAAGAAGUGCAUCGGGGGAGGGCAAACCGAAUGUGUACACGCCAAACCUAAAGAAGAGUGUAGUGGAUGACCAGAACGUCACCUUCGAUCAAAUAGAAAUAUUGCCUUUGUCUCCUUUGCACAUAGACAGUCUCCUGUUUGAGACGGACCCACUGGAUUGUCCGCUGGAAAUAGAGGGCAGUGGGUCGUUUCAGUGUGCUGGUGGGAACGAUGAUAGUGUUAAUGACUGCGAGACUGAGCGGGUAAACUGCAGCAGGCUCAUUGAAGCCCUUGAUAUCAGCCCUCUGGUCUCCAAACCUGGUCCCUCAUCUGAGGUGCAGUCAACACCUUACCGAAACGCCGUGCUCGUUCAGGAGCUGGAAACUCCGAUAACAGCACCUGCUGCUAGUGAGGUUCCAGCAGUCGAAGAGUCCCAGUCCAUGAAAGAGCCUGACCCCAAACCACGUGUGCAAAAUCCAGGGAACUCCGCAGACGCCACAGAAACGGUCAGACUGAGGGUGGCCGAUCACGUCCAACGGUUCAACAGGCUCACCCUGAACUCCCCGAAGCUUAGAGGCUGUCGGUCCCCUAUCAAGUACCAGCGUACCCCUGUGCGCCAAUCCGUCAGGAGGAUCAACUCCCUUCUGGGGGACAAGAGAGCCACACGGCCCGACAAAUGUACAACCGCUGUGGGGUCCCCUCUCGUGAAGUCGGUUAGUUGCGAUAGUGGCCUAUUUAAGGGUGCAGGCCUAAAACUGCACCAGGCCGAAGACCAGGUUUGCAUCUCCCAUGCCCCGUCUAGCAGGCGGAACAGCUCACGGGUUCCCCCUCCUGUCCCACCCAAGAAGCGGACCAGCAUCAGAUCGCAAGGGAAGCAUUCUGCACUUGGUGACGUGACCAACAAGGUACAGCAGAAGGUCAAAGGUGAUCUGCCCCUGCCCAAUAAGAAUGGUACCACCGUACCAUCUGAAAACCCAGGGAUAUCUGUUCUCCGUGACAUCGCUGAGAAAGAAAAGUGUCGUUAUAAGGGCUCACCAAAGAAUCCCCUACCUGAAGGCAGGCUACGUUCAGCCACCAAGCCCAUAGAUCUAUGAAUCUCGCACUUGACCUCAUGCUACGUGCAAUGGUAUGACCUUGCUUAGUUGGACUAAAUUGCUUCAGACCAUUCCGUUUUAUUUUAUUUUAUUAUUUUUUUCAUUGGACUUUCACCAUUAAUUUGUUUACUCAAUUUCUGCUGUUCUCUGUCAUACGACUUGAUUGCAUAAUGUCUGUUUAACUGCUGAUGUGUGGACCUUAGUGCAGCCAAAAUGUAAAGCGGGUUUGCAUUUCUACAUUAUUUGUUAGUUUUGGUGCAUGAGGGGUUGAAUGUGACUGAGAAUUAUUUUAGUCUAUAGUGCUUAUUCUGCAGUUUGUGUGGUUAUGGUUGAGCGUGUAUGGUUGGAUUGGAGUCUGUAGAAUUAUUUAUACUUAAUUCCUUGGUGGUUAUUUUCAGCAGUAGUACGGUGGGUAAACUGGUGUUUGCAGAAGUUAGGCUUUUUCCUUUAAAUUUUGUUUUAAGCAUUUCUAUUAGAUGUUGGUCAGUCAAAUGAUUGCUUAUAUUUGUAGAAAUAUUUCAGCUUUCGACUUAUUUAAGAAUGAGGUUUAAUUAGCAGUAUUAUUUUUCAUUUGAUUUUGAUUUUUAUCUGUGGUGCAAAGUCUGUCCAUUUCAAAACAAAAUUGGAAUUGGAAAAUGUAUUUUUCGUUGAAUUUAUAUACAGCAUUAAGCUUAAAGCGGGUUAAAGUAUACAUGUAUCCCCUUUAGUCUGUGUUUUUGAUUGGUCCAGACAGAUAUUGUUUACCUGUCGCCUUAACAGUGGCUGGGGUUCAUGGUCAAAAGCAAAAAACAAUUUAAAAAGUCCUCUGAAGGUAACUCGAAAGCGCUGAUGUUAUGCCUCCUGGCCGUGUACACACAUUUUAUCUGAUUCUGUAAAAAUACUUAUUUAUUUGCAAGGCUUGUGAACCGAUGACAAAUGUAUCAGCGCAAUAAAUAAAAAAAGAAGAUUUUAAUAAAAGAAGAGUUUAAUUGUGAAUAGCCGCUAUAAAUGAAAACUGCUGUUGUUUUUCCACUGGAAGUGUAACGUCACUAGGCUGAUUUUGGGUUACACAGAGUGCAUCUUAUUGCUUUUGACCACAGACCCAUGAACACCCUGAUAUUGGUCAUUGUAAAUCUUUCAAAUUUCUCAAAGUAUCCAAGUUAUCCUUUGUAGCACACAAACACGGUCUAGGCCAUUCAAAAACAUAAACUAAAGCUGAAACCUGCCUACAAACUGUGAUUUUUCUAUCAAAAUUAGCCAAAAUUUCUAUUAACUACCCCUUUAAGUGCUGAUCCAACCUGAAAUAAACUAUGCACAAACAAUGGUAAUCAA